GUCAGCGUGUUGUUCACCUGUUGGACCUUAAACUCAGCAGAUAAAAGCUUCUAUAACUUUGAGUUAAACAUUAACAGCUGAACCGAGCGACGCUGCGACAUUCUCACAGUUUGACUCGACGUCCGGAGCUUUUUCUCUUCACAAGGAUUUAUUUUUUCACUUCUUCCACAUUUCUUCUGUUUUGUCCUGAUUUUUCCUGCGAUGGGGAAACUGUGUUUGUUGGUUUCCUGUUUGCUGCUGAGCGUGGGAGCUGUGACGCCUCAGACAGGUGGGCCCUCCCCCGAUCGUCUCCUCCCUCAGUGGCUGACGGGGAUCAUCGCCGUGGUCGGUUUCCUCUUCCUGUCGUUCGUCGGGCUGCUGGUGAAGAAGGCGUGGUGCGAGGAGCCCAGCAGGAGGAAGAGCGUUGAGUCGGUGAGAGAAAACGACGUCAUCAUGAUGAACGGAGACACGUACGACACGAGUCUGGACAUGGUCCGGAGCAAAGACGAGCAGAAGAGAGCAGAGCAGAACGUCUACGACAACCUGGCGAUGGAGCAGAUCGAGGACAAAGCCACCGCCAUGUGAGCGUCAUGUGACCGCCCUGCUGCGACCUGAUUGGCCGUCUGAACGACACAAAACACACCACAUAUUAUUCUCUGUUUGUCUGUAAAAUCUCUGUUUUCGUACCACAGCAGCAGUGGCGGUUCUAGAGCAGUUUUACUGUGGGGGCCAAGGAGGGGCCAGUGUUUAAUCAGAGGGGCACAUUAGCACAUUAACAAAUGGCAAAGAUGAUAUUUAAGCAUUCAAAAUCUUUGAAUGUCUUGAAAAAGACACAAAAUGACCAAAAAAGACACAAAAUUAGAAGACAGAUACCAAAAAAAAACCCCACAGAAGACAUAAAAUGAAAAAAAAGACACAAAAUAACUAAAACAGACACAAAAAAGACAAAUAAAUGACACAAAUGACCGAAAAAGACACAAAAUGAGAAGACAGAAUAACCAAAAAAAAAACCCACAGAAGACAUAAAAAUGACAAAAAAGAUACAAAAUGACCAAAAAAAGACACAAAAGAACUAAAACAGACACAAAAAAGACACAUUAAUGACACAAAUGACCGAAAAAGACACAAAAUGACCAAAAAAGAUACAAAACUAGAAGACAGAAUAACCAAAAAAAAAACCCACAGAAGACAUAAAAAUGAAAAAAAAGACACAAAAUAACUAAAACAGACACAGAAAAGACAAAUAAAUGACACAAAUGACCGAAAAAGACACAAAAUUAGAAGACAGAAUAACCAAAAAAAACCCCACAGAAGACAUAAAAAUGACAAAAAAAGACACAAAAUGACCAAAAAAAGACACAAAAUAACUAAAACAGACACAAAAAAGACACAUAAAUGACACAAAUGACCGAAAAAGAAACAAAAUGACACAUAAAGACAUGAAAAGGAUUCAAAAAUGGACAAAAUAGCCCCAUAAGACUCCAUAGAGUAACAUUCUGGGUUCAUUUUGUGCACAAUGAGAUAUUGUUUGAACAAAAAAAAGGUUAGAAUUGUUCCAUUGUUCAUUGUUAUAAACUGAUCAUUUUAUUAUUAAUUUGACACAGGGGCCAAAGACUUCUUCACAGGGGCAGUGGCCCCUGGAGGCCCCUGGUUAGAACCGCCACUGCACAGCAGGUUGAACUGACACGUUUUAUAUCUUCUGUCUCUGUUUGAUUUUUUCUGUUUCCUUUGUAUCUUCAGAUUCAUAAAGUGUGAGAUUAUUAUGAGGAUUAUUAAUCAGUCUGUCUGUAGAUCAUUCUGUGAUUCAGAGCUGUAAACAGGAAGUUAUCAGUUCUCUGUCCUGUGAUCUCUGCUCAUUAAUAAGUUAUCUUUUCUAACAAA